CGCGACGGCGUCUGCCACAUGGAGUGCAACAACAUGUUGGAUGACUUCGAUGAUGGCGACUGCUGCGACCCGUGGGCCACCGACGUGACCAGGACCUGCUUCGACCCCGACUCGCCCCAGCGGGCGUACAUGAGCGUGAAGGAGCUGAAGGAGGCACUGCAGCUGAACAGCAGCCACUUCCUCAACGUUUACUUUGCCAAUUCGGUGAGGGAAGAGUUGGCUGGUGCUGCCACUUGGCCAUGGGAUAAAGAGGCCCUUAGUCACCUGGGUGGUGUUGUCCUCAACCCUGCUUAUUAUGGUAUGCAUGGCCACACGAACACCAUGAUCCAUGAAGUGGGACACGUCCUGGGGCUGUACCAUGUCUUUAAGGGAGUGAGCGAGCGGGAAUCUUGUGACGAUCCCUGCAGGGAGACAACUCCGUCCAUGGAGACGGGAGACCUCUGUGCCGACACUGCUCCCACCCCAAAGAGUAAACUCUGUCGGGAUCCGGACCCUACCAAUGACACCUGCGGCCAGACACAUUUUACAGGAACGCCCUUCAACAACUACAUGAGUUAUACAGAUGAUGACUGCACCAACGCCUUCACCCCCAACCAAGUCGCCAGGAUGCACUGCUACCUGGACCUGAUGUACCAGCGCUGGGGCCAAAGCAAGAAGCCUGCGCCCAUCCCAAUCCCUCCCAUGGUCACGGGACAGACGCAGGACUCCCUCAGCAUCUACUGGCUGCCUCCCAUCAGCGGCAUCAUCUACGAGAGGGAGCAGGACGCGCUCUGCGACAACUGUGCAGAGGACGGCACCUUCCGUCAGUACGUGCACGAGGCCUCUUCCCCUCGGGUCUGCGAUUCCUCCGGCUAUUGGACCCCAGAAGAAGCAGAAGGACCCCCGGAUGUGGAUCAACCCUGUGAGCCCAGCCUGCAGGCCUGGAGUCCGGAGCUCCACCUGUACCACAUGAACAUGACGGUGCCCUGUCCCCAGCCUGACGGCUGCAUCCUGGAGCUGCGCUUCCUGCACCCCGUCUACCCCGAUUCCCUCACCCUCUGGACCACGUACCUCUCCAUGGGCUCUCCCAAGCCGCUCUCUGACAUUGAAGUCCUGACAGAGCAGGGGGAGUCCAUCCAUCUGGGACCCCUGGACACUUUCUGUGAUGUCCCCUUUACCGUGAAGCUCAACAUCCCUAAAAAGGUGUCCGGAGUCAAGAUCUACACCUUUGACGAGCGGAUGGAGAUAGACACAGCCCUUGUGACCUCCAUGCCCCGCAGCUCGCUCUGCUCUGCCUGUGAGCGGAUCCAGUACCGAGUGCUUCGCGACCCACCGUUCGCCAACGGAUCCCCGGCAGCCCCGGCACAGGCGCACCGCCAGUUCGUUGACACGGAAGUCACGCCUGGGCAGGUGUACCAGUACCAGGUGCAGGCAGUCUCUGGGACAACCUCAGGAGAAGUCUCCCCACCGCUCGUCCAUGUCCACGGAGCACCCUACUGUGGGGAUGGGAAGGUGACCACGAGCCUGGAGGAGGAAUGCGAUGAUGGGGACUUGCUGGAUGGAGAUGGCUGUUCCAGGAAGUGUAAAAAGGAAAAAGGCUUCAACUGUGUUGGGGAACCAAGCCUGUGCUAUGUGCACGAUGGGGACGGUCUGUGUGAGCCAUUUGAGAAGACAAGCAGUGUCCUGGACUGCGGUCCCUACACGCCCGAUGGAUACGUGGACCUCUGGGCAGCGAAAGCCUAUGCCUCCCAUCAGGAUGCAAAGUCCUGCCCUGCUUCCUUGGUCACUGGAGAGCCUGUUGUGAGGGCAUGUAAAUCCCACCUUCACAACAUGCCAAAGGACCUUUCCCUGGCUGCUUGGUUCCCCUGCGCUCCCAGCCAAGACAACGCUCAGGAUGCAGACGAGGAGAGGGUGCCCUUGGGCAAUGAGGGAGUUUGGCUCAAGGUGUGCUUUGAGAGACCUGCACUGCCCACCUCCCUCCUGAUCUUCCUGGCCUCCGAUGGCACAGUCCCAAGCAACCAGCACAAACCAUGUCCCAGCAGGGACACCAGGAACCCCAACCAUUGCUAUGAUCUCUCACUGGAUUGGGUGCUGCUGUCCCCUACCCCUCUUGUAGCAUCUUCUGCUUCCCAAGCUGGGACGUAUGAGCUGUCUUGCCAGCACAACCCCCUCGUCAUCAACGUGACCCGUGCCCAGGAGGACCCACCCCACCAGACUGCUUCGGUGCUGCUCAACUUCUCCUCCCCACUCGUGGGUAUCGCAGCCGUGGCCUUGCGGACCUCAGCUCAGCAUGGCUCCUCUGACACCACCACCUGCCUCCUGCAACACGAGGAGGGACAUGGCCAUCAGCACUACAGCUGUGUCCACGGUGCUUGUGUGGGAUUGGGAAGCUGCACGCGGCCGCUGCUUGGUCACGCUGCCACCCUCAGCUGCACCUCUGAUGGCCAGAGGCACAUGGCCUGCAUCAUCGCCUGUGAAAAGGGCUUCGUCCUCCGCUCCAGCAAUGGGAAGAGCCUCGGCUCCAUGCAGCAGGAGGUGGUGCUGACGUGCCGCUCGGGCCGGUGGGACAGAUUUGUGACUUGUGACCCUGUUGACUGCGGUGUCCCUGACCAGUCCCACGUGUACUAUGCAGAGUUCUCCUGCCCCAAAGGGACCACCUACCUGAAGAGAUGCUCCUUCUCCUGCAUCCACCCUGCCAAGCUUCAAGGAACAAACCAGUGGCUGACUUGCCUGGAGGACGGUCUCUGGUCGCUCCCCGAAGCUUACUGCAAGCUGGAGUGUGAUGCACCUCCCAUGGUGGCUAACGCCAAGCUCCUGGUCCCGCGGUGCCUGCAUGGCAACCACGACGUGGGCUCAGUCUGUCGCUACAAGUGCAAGCCUGGAUACCACGUGGCUGAGAACACGGCGGGCAAGCCUAAGAAGAAGUUCCUGAAGCUCCAGUGCCUGGAGAGCGGGCAGUGGGAAGAAGGACGCUGCGUCCCCGUGCUGUGCGAACCCCCCCCUCCCGUCUUCGAGGGCAUGUACAACUGCACCCAGGGCUUCGAGCUGGACAGCCAGUGCGUCCUCAACUGCGAGCCACAGGGACGACAGGUUCCCAUCGUCUGCACCAAGGAGGGCUUAUGGACAGAGGAGUUCAAACUGUGUGAGAGCUUACGGGGUACCUGCCUGCCGCUCCCGGAGCUGAAUUUCGUGGAGUACAAGUGCGAGGAGGGGCACGGCAUAGGUGCUGUGUGCGUACCCUCCUGUAUCAUACCUCCCAGCGACCCCGUCAUCCUGCCCGAAAACGUCACCGCUGAGACCAUGGAUCACCGUCUGCAGCCCACCAGAGUCCAGCACAUCGUGUGCACAGGCAGGCUGCGGUGGUACCCAGACCCCUCCGCCAUUCACUGCAUCCCGUCGUGCGAGCCCUUCCAAGCAGACGGCUGGUGCGACACCAUCAACAACCGGGCGUACUGCCAGUACGACGGGGGUGACUGCUGCUCCUCCACACUGUCCUCCAGGAAGGUGAUCCCAUUUGCUGCUGACUGCGACCAGGACGAGUGCACGUGCCGGGACCCGGCGGCCGAGGAGAACCAGUAG